ACAGAGCCUGGGACAAAUAAAAGAAGACGUCCAUGAUGGCGCGCCGAUGAAAGGUAGCAGUGUUCGGUCAGUUGGAGCCCGAAAUAAACGCCCUAACGUAGAUGAUCUGACGGCAGAGGCGAGCAACGCAACAUGCAGUCAUGAAACGGGUUCGCGCUGAGCAGAUCCAGUAUGCGGUGGCUCAGUAUCUGAAGAGGAGGCAAUAUGUGGAUACUGACAGCUCCCUGAAAGGAACCAAGCUCUUCCAGUCCACGGAGGAGCUGGCCGCCGGCCUGACCGUGCAGACAGAGUCGGGCUGUGCCAACGUGGUCUCUGCUGCUCCCUGCCAGUCGGACCCACAGCAGUAUGAGGUCCAGUUCUCCAGGCUGCACUCCUUUCUCUCAGAAACGGAAAUCUCCUAUGCCCGAGAGGUUAGCAGCCUCCUCUACCCCCUCUUUGUUUACCUUCAGCUUGACAUGGUGCACUGUGGCCUGAAGGGGGCAGUGGACGGUUUUCACGCUCGUUUUCACGACGCCUUUCUUCACGACGGAGAGCAGCGGUCGGUCGUAGAGCAGCUCCGGCACGUCGUCACCGCGCAGGAUGUCGCCGCCAGCCCCAAGCUGCGGUCCUUCCUGGAGCACAAGUACGUGGUCCACCUGACGGAGCCGGCUUACAGCUACCUGCUGCGGUACCUGCAGAGCGAGGACAACAGCGCCCUCUGCAGGGUCCUCAGCACACACCUCCAGGUGGAGGUCACGGCUUCUAAACCAACAGAGUACCAGCUGUACGGGACCACCGCUGGCUCCAUGACGGCCCCAAGCUCCGUCUCCUCCUCCUGGGCGGGCGUGGGCGGAGCAGAGGGCGGGGAGGGGGUGGAGGUCCCGGCGGGCAUCCCGCAGAACGAGGUGGCGCUUCUGGCGCUGCAGGACUGCAUCAAGAAAGUUCGUGAAGGCCCACCCUCCCUCACAACCAUCUGCUUUUACGCCUUCCACCACACGGAGCAGAUGCUGAACACGGCGGAGGUGUCGCCGGACAGCCGGCUGCUGGCCGCCGGGUUCGACAGCUCCGCCGUGAAGCUGUGGAGCCUCCGCGCCAGAAAGCUGAAGGCCAAACCUCACCGGGCCGACGUGUCGUACAUCCACCUGGCCUGUGAUGUGCAGGAGGAGGAGGUGGAGGAAGAGGACGGCUGCGGCAGUGAGAUCAAGAUGCUGCGAGGUCACAGCGGGCCUGUGUACCGCACCGCCUUCCUGACGGACAGCUCCGGCCUGCUCUCCUGCUCCGAGGACACGACCAUCCGCUACUGGGACCUCGGCAGCUUCACCAACACGGUGCUGUACCAGGGCCACACCUACCCGGUGUGGGACGUGGACGUCAGCCCCUGCAGCCUCUACUUCGCCAGCAGCUCCCACGACCGCACCGCCCGCCUCUGGACCUUCUCCCGCACCUACCCGCUGCGGCUCUACGUGGGACACCUGUCCGACGUCGACUGCGUCAAGUUCCACCCCAACUCCAACUACCUGGCCACGGGCUCCACGGACAAGACGGUCCGCCUGUGGAGCACCCAGCAGGGGCAGUCGGUCCGCCUCUUCACGGGCCACCGCGGCACCGUGCUGUCGCUGGCCUUCUCGCCUAACGGGAAGUACCUGGCUUCUGCAGGAGAGGACCAGCGGGUCAAGCUGUGGGACCUGGCAGCGGGGACGCUGUUCAAGGACCUGCGCGGCCACACAGACAGCGUCACCAGCCUGUCGUUCAGCCCCGACAGCAGCCUGGUGGCGUCGUCCUCCAUAGACAACUCGGUGCGGGUGUGGGACAUCCGCAGCAGCCACGGCGGGACGCCUCCCGACGGCUCGUCCAGCGAGCUGGUGGGCGUGUACGCGGGCAACACCAGCAACGUUCUCAACGUGCAGUUCAUGGCCUGCAACCUGCUGCUGGUCACAGGAACCGCCCCGGAGAAGGCUGAGCCGUAGCAGCGCUGCUCCGCUUUGGGGCUUUGGACUCAGAAGACUGCCUAACGGAUCAGAUAUUACCUUAACGACGUCUCACACCUUGUCAACUUUGUUUCCUCCUUGGUUCUUGUCCCACGUCCUCAGAGAGUCUUUUGUCUCUAACACAGGCUAAGUUUUUAUGUAUGAUCGGCAGCCGUAGCAAAACCAAAGUAUGGCUAUUAAAAUGUUUUCUUUCCUGCA